AUGACUGUCGGUGAGGGAACAGAGCCAACUCCAUGGCCGGACCAGGGCGAGGUAAGACUUCCUAUCCCAGCGCAAUGUGGCGGCGUUCAGCCCGAGGUUGAGAACUCGCCUGCCGGACUCGCCGGGACUACGGGAUCAACGUGGGAGUCGAAUGGUCAUGAGGCAUCAUCCGAGGACAGUUUGCAGCUACCACAUCCGUCACUCGCUCCAGUGGUUUUCUUCUGUCUCCAGCAGAGCAUGCGACCCCGGAGCUGGUGCCUUGCGCUUGUUUGCAGCCCGUGGUUCGAGCGGGUCAGCAUGCUGGUGAUUCUGCUCAAUUGCGUCACGCUGGGCAUGUUCCAGCCCUGCCAGGACCUCGAGUGCAACUCCGAAAGAUGCAGCAUUCUGCAGACAUUUGAUGACUUCAUCUUUGCAUUCUUUGCUGUGGAGAUGGUGGUUAAGAUGGUAGCUCUGGGGGUGUUUGGGCCGAAGUGUUACCUUGGUGACACGUGGAACCGCCUAGACUUUUUUAUCGUCAUGGCAGGGAUGUUAGAGUACUCUCUAGAUGGACACAAUGUCAGUUUCUCUGCCAUCAGAACCGUCAGAGUUCUCAGACCUCUUCGAGCCAUCAACAGAGUGCCCAGUAUGCGGAUUUUGGUGACCCUGCUGUUGGAUACAUUGCCAAUGCUGGGAAAUGUUUUGCUGCUGUGUUUCUUUGUAUUCUUUAUCUUUGGAAUUGUUGGCGUGCAGCUGUGGGCGGGGUUACUCCGGAACCGCUGUUUCCUGGAUGAUGACAUAAGGAUGAUGUAUAAUCUCUCUCAGCCUUUGAGCACUUAUUAUAGGCCUGAAGAAUCUGAUGACAUCCCCUUUAUCUGUUCAACAAAUCGUGAGAAUGGAAUGCUGCGUUGCUCUGACGUUCCACCCCGCAGAGAGGGAGGAGCCUACUGUCAGCUAAGUGCGGAUAAUAUCACAAAUCGGACCCCUCGAGAGACCGGCCGUAAUGGGUGUGUCAACUGGAAUGUGUAUUAUAACAGCUGCAGAGCUAGCGAACACAAUCCACACAAUGGAGCCAUCAACUUUGACAACAUAGGAUAUGCUUGGAUUGCCAUCUUCCAGGUCAUCACCCUGGAGGGAUGGGUAGAUAUCAUGUACUAUGUCAUGGAUGCGCAUUCCUUUUACAACUUCAUUUAUUUCAUCUUCCUCAUCAUUGUGGGCUCCUUUUUCAUGAUCAAUCUGUGCCUGGUUGUCAUAGCAACGCAGUUCUCGGAAACCAAGCAGCGCGAGAACCAGCUGAUGCGGGAACAACGGGCCCGCUUCCGUAGCAAUGACUCGACACUUGGUAGCUUGACCGAGCCCGGCUCCUGCUACGAAGAGUUGCUCAAGUACCUCAUCCACCUCUGCCGCAAGCUCUGUCGUUUUCUCAGCAACACCUGUAGCAGGCUGUGCCCGUGGCGUCGGGGAAGGAGCUCCACCCCUAGCAACCUAGCUCCAGGGAGUGCAGUCAACAGUCCCUGGAGCAGCAAGGAGAAAGCUGACCAUGCACGAGAACAGUUCUGCUACCAUUGCCCCCAGCAGUGCGUUGGCAACGGGGCGGACACUGGCGCGCUGGAAAUGAAGACCCUUCAGCUGGACUGCGAAUGUCCCCCUCCCAAACCAGCUGCUCUCCUACCCCUCAGUGCGAGUGGCCUGCACACAAGCUACCCUACCAUCCUGCCAUACACGUUUCUCACGCGAGUGCGUGCAGCGAGACGCUCUGGUCAUGCAGCUGGGGUCAGGGGCGCUACACAACACGGAAACUGGAUACAGGGCGGGUACCAAGAUGCCUACUACAGACCGAAGAAUGGUGCGGGCCUGGCCCCCCCGACGCAGGCCGAGCGCCCUGUGUGUCCCGUGUGUGGCCACGAGGGUGACAGCCCCAUCGAUGAGGGUGACCCAGACACCAGGCCGAGGGAGGGAGGGGCUAACAGCUGCAUCAGUGUGUGCAUCCACUGCAGUCGCACCAUGCUGGGAAGGAUCGUGGACAGCAAGUACUUCAACCGGGGGAUAAUGAUUGCCAUCCUCAUCAACACACUCAGCAUGGGAGUGGAGUACCAUGAGCAGCCAGCUGAGCUGACAGAUGUGUUGGAGAUCAGUAAUAUAGUCUUUACCAGCCUGUUUGCCCUGGAGAUGCUCCUCAAACUCGUGGCCUGCGGUCUGAUCGGCUACAUCAGCAACCCCUACAACAUUUUCGAUUUGAUCAUUGUGAUCAUCAGCGUGUGGGAGAUCAUGGGGCAGGCAGACGGCGGCCUGUCGGUGCUCCGGACAUUCCGGCUGCUCCGCGUGCUGAAGCUGGUGCGCUUCCUGCCGGCUCUGCGUAGGCAGCUAGUGGUGCUGAUGAAGACCAUGGACAACGUGGCAACCUUCUGCAUGCUACUCAUGCUCUUCAUCUUCAUCUUCAGUAUACUGGGGAUGCAUCUGUUUGGGUGCAAGUUCACUCUGCGCUCAGAGGGGGGGGACACCGUCUCUGACAGGAAGAAUUUUGACUCACUCCUCUGGGCUAUCGUCACAGUGUUCCAGAUACUGACCCAGGAGGACUGGAAUGUAGUCUUGUAUAAUGGCAUGGCAUCCACGACGCCCUGGGCCGCUCUGUACUUCGUGGCUCUGAUGACCUUUGGAAACUAUGUCCUCUUCAACCUGCUGGUGGCCAUUUUAGUGGAGGGCUUCCAGGCCGAGGGUGAUGCCAGUAGGUCAGAGAGUGAUGAUGAUGUUUUAUCCUCUGACUUUGAUGAAGAGGACAAAUUGAGAGAGCUGAUAAAUUCAGAGGUGAAAAUGCACACAUUGAUGCCCAUCUCCAACGGACACCUGGAGCCCAGGGCAGCCAUGCCCCCCUACAGCACACAUACAAACCCCUGUGCCUCGCCCUGGACUGACGUCUCCCACGUCGAUAGCCAAUCACGACGCAGCAGCAACGCAUCUAACGAGCACCACGACCAGCGAUCUCUGUCCAGCCUAUGGGGAAGCCGUCGCUCCAGCUGGAACAGCCUAGGCCACGCCCCAAGCCUCAAGAGGCGUGGUCAGUCAGGAGAGCAUGAGUCACUCCUCUCAAGCGAGGAGCGGGACAGUUUCGAUGACGACCAAUCAGAGGAGGGGAAGUCCAGCAGGACGGGCAGCCUGGGUGGAGUUUCACGCCUCGAGUCGUUCGAUAUGCCUGACUUCCUGCAGGUCCCGCCCAUGUCACGCCCCUACAUGGAAUGUAACGGCAGAGUAGAUGGAUCCGGUCCUUCCUCUCCACACAGAUCUCGGCGGGAGGAGAACUCUCACAUGCACAGCGAGGAGGAUGAUGACUUGGAUGAGAACUGGUGCAUUAUGCUGAAGAAGAUACUGGAACCAUAUAAACCCCAGUGGUGCAGAGAACAUGAGGACUGGUCAUUUUAUUUAUUCUCACCACAAAAUAAGUUCCGUGUGCGCUGUCAGAAGAUCAUCACUCAUAAGAUGUUUGAUCACAUUGUCCUGAUCUUCAUCUUCCUCAACUGCAUUACCAUCGCACUAGAGAGGCCUGACAUCCAGCCCCAGAGCAUGGAGCGUGUGUUCCUCAGUGUGUCUAACUACAUCUUCACUGUGAUCUUUAUAGCUGAGAUGACUGUUAAGGUGGUGGCCAUGGGGCUGUAUGCAGGGCCCGGCUCAUACCUGCAGAGCAGCUGGAAUGUGCUGGACGGCCUGCUCGUUUUCGUGUCUGUGGUGGACAUCCUGGUAUCACUGGCCUCAUCCGGCGGCAACCGCAUCCUGGGUAUCCUACGUGUGCUGCGACUCCUGAGAACCCUGAGACCGCUCAGAGUCAUAAGCAGGGCUCCAGGACUAAAGCUGGUGGUUGAAACACUGAUAACAUCUUUGAGACCAAUAGGAAAUAUUGUACUGAUCUGCUGUGCUUUCUUCAUUGUGUUUGGUAUACUGGGAGUCCAGCUCUUCAAGGGAAAGUUUCAUCAUUGCGAAGGCUUUGACACCAGAAACAUCACCAACAAAUCAGAGUGUCUGCGGGCAAAAUACAGAUGGGUCCGCCGCAAAUAUAACUUCGACAACCUGGGCCAGGCAUUGAUGUCGUUGUUUGUCCUGUCAUCUAAAGACGGCUGGGUCAACAUCAUGUAUGAUGGAUUAGACGCAGUGGCUGUGGACCAACAGCCUGCGAAGAACCACAACCCCUGGAUGCUGCUCUACUUCAUCUCCUUCCUGCUGAUCGUCAGCUUCUUCGUGCUGAACAUGUUCGUGGGCGUGGUGGUGGAGAACUUCCACAAGUGCCGGCAGGACCAGGAGGAGGAGGAGGCACGUCUCCGAGAGGAGAAGAGGCAGCGGCGCCUGGAGAAGAUGCGCAGGAAGGCCCUUCAAAGACCAUACUAUGCAGACUAUUCUCCUGCUCGCCUCUACAUCCAUACGCUCUGCACAAGCCACUACCUGGACCUCUUCAUCACCGUCAUCAUCGGCAUUAACGUGCUCACCAUGUCAGUAGAGCACUACAACCAGCCCAAGUAUCUGGAGGAAGCUCUAAAAUACUUCAACUAUGUCUUUACACUGGUCUUCGUGGUGGAGGCCAUCCUGAAGCUGGUUGCCUUUGGCUUGAGGAGGUUUUUCAAAGACAGGUGGAAUCAGUUGGACUUGGCCAUUGUUCUGCUGUCAGUUAUGGGCAUUACCCUUGAGGAGAUUGACCUGAAUGCCUCAUUACCCAUCAAUCCCACCAUCAUUCGCAUCAUGCGUGUACUGCGCAUUGCCAGAGUGUUAAAGCUGCUUAAGAUGGCUACAGGAAUGCGAGCUUUGCUAGACACUGUAGUCCAAGCUCUGCCCCAGGUUGGAAAUCUGGGUCUUCUCUUCAUGCUGCUCUUCUUCAUCUAUGCGGCCCUCGGGGUGGAGCUCUUCGGAAAGCUUGAAUGCUCUGAAGAAAACCCAUGCGAAGGUCUGAGCAGACACGCUACGUUUGAGAACUUCGGCAUGGCGUUCCUCACCCUCUUCCGAGUUUCCACCGGGGACAACUGGAACGGGAUCAUGAAGGACACGCUAAGGGAGUGUAAGAGCGGAGACCGCUGCCUGAGCUACCUGCCCCUCUUCUCCCCGCUGUACUUUGUGACAUUCGUACUGGUUGCCCAGUUCGUGCUGGUGAAUGUGGUGGUGGCCGUGCUCAUGAAACACCUGGAAGAGAGCAACAAGGAUGCCCGUGAGGAGGCGGCCCUAGGGGCAGAGCUGCUGGAGGAGCUGAGGGCAGGUCGGCUACAGGGACACGCCCCUUUUGGCGGGACCACUGAGCCGGUGGAUAAAGCUAUGGGUGCAGGGUCACAGUGUGUUACACCUGAGCAGAGUGAUGACCCUGAAAGUAGCAGCCUGCUCUCAGUUGGGAAGCCUUGUGUGUCAAGGAUGUUGUCUUUGCCAAACGACAGCUACAUGUUCUACCCCGUUAAACCUGGACAAUGGUCCACUGAUCUGCAGCUCAACAAACAGCAGUCAGUUUAUCAGAAAAUAGCAGGAUCUUCUUUCUCGGUGAGCUCUCAGCCGUGUGAACGGGGAUCCCUACUGCAGGUUCCAGGGGCAACAGCACAAGCAGGCUCUGCCUCCCACUUAGAGUCCCUACCACAGUUUCACACCACUAGACACAAUUCCCUCAGGAUGCUUCAGCGGCAGGAGGCAAUAAAGAGCGACUCUGUUGACUCAGUCGAUCCCGGCUCCAGAGACAACCUACUUUUACACUGUUGCGAAGGCUUUUCGCAUCUCAAAGUGCCCCACCUUCCUCUGAUUGUAGGCUCCACCCCAUGUUUGCCUCAGAGCACACCCCCUCUGCCCCCCCACGGUCAGACAGCCAGCGUACAGACAAACAAACACACAUACAGCCAAUGCUGCAUCCCCUUCCGCAGACCUGUGCCGACCCAACCAACAUGCACGCUGACUAUUACAGGCACACACAUUCACAUGUGUCGCCCUAUCUCAGACGAAACCGAUCGGGAAAAUCGACAGCUCCAAACUUCCACCCAGAGGAAAGACUCUUUACAGCCAAUGAGGCGUUGCUACACACUGUCACCAUGUGUUUCAGCUACCCGCUGUUCCAACAACCAAUCACAGACCUCGCAGCGGCAUGGCAGUGGACUGGGCCGCCGUGGCACCAUGGGUGGUAACUUGAGGAAGUACUACAGCAUGGACGCACAGGGUUUCCUCGCCCAGCCCAGCUGCCCUCACCGGCACUCAAUACACGGAGAGGAGUUACAACUGCAGCCAUUGGCUGGGGGAAGAGGGGCACAUGACAGAUCAGCGUCCCCAGUCGCCAAGAAGGAGAAGAUGAGUCCACCAUGCAUUUCCAUAGACCCUCCCACUGAAUCAGAUCCUCCAACCGCCAGUCAGGAAAGCAGCACAGUCCUGAGGAGGCGGGCGCCGUCGUUUGAGUCUGCACUGAUGCGGGAGUCUUUAGAUCUUCCUGACACUCCGUUGAUCUCAGCACCCCUUGCACAAACCGAAGCUCAUUUGUCAAGUUGUCUGCCUCUUCCUAAGUUUUCUUUCGACCAAUCCGAUGUUAGCUCCCUGAGCAUUCUGUCGGAACUGUUGUUGGACAGUGACCAAUCUUCACACUCCAUCCAUAUUGAGGCCCAAACGGAGAGUGUGGGACCCAUUAGUGCUAUGUCUCACAGUUCUUUCAGGAAGAAGGGGCUAGUCAGGACAGUCAGCUCUAGGGAUUCACCUAAUGAGGACUCUGUUGCCUAGGCAACCCAAACAUAAGACUUUGAUGUUAACGUGCACCUAUUAGCAAUGAGUAGUGAAAAUAAAAGGACAGUGGUGUCGGCACGAGUUAUGCAACGAACCUCCAGCAGAACUGAUUUUCUUAAUCAUAUUGAUUAGGGAUUUGGGGAACAUUAUUCAUAUAAAAACCAAUAUUGUAAAGUUUUAUGUAUGUUGGAACCUCUCCAACCUUGAUGUUAAACUCACCAUCAUCUUGCACUUCACAGUGGAUUUCUAAAAUAGCAGGAAUGACGUACCUUUUAACAUGAAACUUUUGUGACGUAUUAGCAACCCUGAAAUCAUUUAUACAUUUUAGUUACAAUUAGACCCUGUAUUAUAAUAUGGUUGUUAUAGAACCAUACACUGGAUCUAAGCAGAAUGCUAGCUUCAUCUAAGGUUCUAAAACCUAAACUAUGUUUGUCUUUUGAUGUGGAAAUAAGUUAUAUGUUUUAUAUGCCACACUGAAAGGGUAAUGCUGACACACUUUUGUCUCUGACUGAAACUCUCAGAUCUUAAUCACAUUGCAUGGCAUCAUAAUAAGAAAUUUAAGACAGCGUGAGCGAAAUAGGAUGGCUGUUGUGGUACUGUAGAAUAAAGUAAUAUAUUUAUUUAAUGCAGGGAUUGGACAAAUGUACUUUUAUAAAAGGUCAGAGUUUUGCACAUUGGUUGAUUUCAGGAAGACGCAAAUUAUUUUUCUUUUUAGUUUUCCCUAGAAAUAGACGUUUCUACUAAAUAUAUGUAGAGUGAACAAAAAAAGCACUCUGCGUUUUUUUUUUUGUUUGUUUGUUUGUUCCAUGGCGUCUAUAGACUGAGAGGUUCUCAAUGCAGUAAAGAAGCAUGUGAAUGCUGUCUUAAAUGCAUUUUUGCAUUACUUUAAAUCUCGGAAUACACUCAUACCAGUCCAGAAAUGCAGGCGGGGUCAGGCAUCACCACACCCCAAAGCCAUACCUGUUUCUGUUGGUACAUUGUUACACUACUGAUGUGUUGCACUCAUAAUGAGAAGUUGCUGUUUUUCUCUUUACAGUCUUAAUAAAUGUUUGUUGCUCCUGCGGCAACAAUUAACUGCUCCCAUAAACACA